AUGAAACAUAAACAGCGUGUUUGUUGUUUUUGUCUUUAUUCUGGUAUUUUUACGUUCUACAUUCCUAUUAUAAAUAUAUUUUAAGAUCUCCUAACGGUCAAUUAUAUAUAAAGGUUAUACUAGAUUGGCAUAUGGACUAGGCCGUAGCCUUCCAAAAUCCAUUUAUAACAAAUACUCUGACUGACAGUCUUUAGUAUCAUCUGGUAUCAUCUCCCUCGUUGGUUGCGAUUAGUCUUGAGAGAGAUAUAAAUUUGCAAAUAUCACAAUGAUCAUCCCCGUGCGUUGUUUCACUUGUGGGAAAGUGAUCGGUAACAAAUGGGAGGCGUAUUUGGGACUUCUUCAAGCCGAAUACACGGAAGGAGAUGCUCUGGAUGCACUGGGCCUGAAAAGGUAUUGCUGUCGCAGGAUGUUGCUUGGACAUGUGGAUUUGAUUGAAAAACUGCUCAAUUACGCCCCUUUAGAGAAAUAAUACUUAUUAAUUAUUUAUAAAUAAAACAUUAAUAAUAGAAGAUAUGCCUAGCUUAAAUUUAUGCAUCGAUACUUGUUUUGACUAAUUGCCAGAUAUUUAAUAUACAGUACAAUAUUGCAAAUUAAAAUCUUGUGAUGGAAUGUCUCUGUUGAACUUGUUUUAUUCUAGUAAUAAUUCCAAUCUUAUGUAUUCUUUUAUAUAUUAUCAUGCUAGUUUGUAAUAAAACAACAAGAAAGGCA